AUUCCGCGACAACUACAACCAAAACAUAAAGCUCGUGGCGGCAGUCGCAGCUCUUUACCUGGUUAACGUGAGAGUUACUAUGAACACCUGGGAACGAUGCUGCAGCAGACAGAAAUGGUCCGACUCCUAACAGAGGGACAUGUGUUAGUAAAAAGCUGCGAUGAAGACACACAGGAGGAGCCGAGGCAGAGUAAGGAAGAGGAGGAGAGAAACCCGUUCAUCUUCACCCCGCAGCUCAUCCACCUGCACAGGGACCACCAGCUGUUUGAGGAUGGAGACAUUUACAGACACAUGUAUCUGCAAGACCUCUACAUCUCAGAGGCUGAGGACAAGCCAGCACUCAGUGUUUCAGAGUUUGCCUGUCACAUUUCCGGCUGCAGUGCCGUCUUCAGCACUUUGGAGGAGUAUGAGCACCACUACAACUCCCUUCACAGACACGUGUGCUGCUCCUGCCGUCGCUCCCUGCCAAGUGCCCGGCUCCUAGACAUUCACAUUCAGGAGUGGCACGACUCUCUCUUCACUAUCCUCGCCCAGAGGCAAGAUAUGUACCAGUGUUUGGUGGAGGGCUGUGGACAGAAGUUCAGCACUAGUAAACACAGAAAGGACCACCUAAUAAGAAUUCACAAGUAUCCUCCAGACUUCAGAUUUGACAAAACCAAGAAGGACAGAGGAACCCAGCAGACAAAGAGACAGCAGCAGAAAGACACCGCCAUGGAGGUAGUGGAUGAUGUUUGUGAGUCUGAGGGUGUGUGUGAGGUUAUGUGUGAUGUACGGCCUGUUCAGCCCGAGCAGGGAGAAUCCAUGGAGACGCAUGUGUCUGAGGAAGGCAUGGCAAAGUCCGCCUCUACUGAGGAGCAGGAAGAUCUUUCUGCUGUAGCUCACAGCGCGGGGAAUACAAGCACACAGCCACUAAAACCACGAUACUCCUACAGGGUCCCCACAACCGUGUGUUUCGGUCACGGCUCUGUUCGAGGCUUCAGAGGGCGGCGGGGAAGGAGGAAAUGAAACACCACAGUUCUGGUUUCUGUCCUUUAGGAUAAACAACUUUAUACCCGUGUCUUGUAACCGAAUAUAUAUAUAUUACUGUCAUGUUUCCUUGACUUAAAAUAAAAUGUUUUUUUACAAA